CCGGGAAUUGGCAUUGCCCCCCGUCUGAGUGGUCUCCCAAGUUCCUGUCUGUUCUUACUGCAGAUGCACCUAAGCGGGCACUUCCCUGCCACCGCGUAUGUACAUAAAGAUAACCUAGGUACCUGGGUAGGUAAAGCCCCCUCUCGCGAAUCUCCGACCCAGCCAACCCCGAGCCACACGAGACCUCGUCGUCACAUUCCCAUUUGUUCCCAUUUGCCCUCCAUUUUCCUCCUACCUCCGAGAGGGACUGGGCCAUUCCCAAGCCAUCCUAUGUUACUUCACCCCCCCCCUCCUCCUCUUCUGCCCCCCUCCCCCCCUCAGCCGAUAGCAUGACUUGCAUCGCAUCGAUCCAUCCUUCUUCGCAUUCUUCUCUUUUUCUUCCCCUUCUCUUCUCCCCCUUUUCCUCGGCGCAUCACCAAACUGCUAGUUAGUCAUCGAUAUACGCCGUGUAGGAUACCCGGAGCCAGAGAAUCCACGGGACGACGACGGCGACUAUGGCCUCCUUCGCUUCCUUGCCCGACGAGCUCGUCCAGCAUGUCUUGCUCUACGUCUCGCCCGAGGAGACCCUCGCCAGCGUCUCUCUCCUGUCCAAGCGCUUCCACCGCGUCGCGCAGGAGCCCCUUCUGUGGAGGUGCUAUUGUCGCGACACUUUCAAGUACUGGGAGUCGGCCCAUCACUUCAAGCAGAGCCUGCAGGGCAGCCUCCGUGCCACCGAUUGGAAGCGGCUCUUCAUCCGGCGGCUGGGCCGCAACGCCUGCAUCGCCAAGUUGGUCGACGGCAUCGUCGCCUCCCACGUCUCCCGUCUGGAGAAGAUCGAGCAGAUCUGCCAGUACGGCUACGACGCGAAGGACUACCUCCUCAGCCAGUGCCGUGUUCCCGAUUCCGCCGACGACGUCCUGGCCCGAAGGUACUACUCCUCUUCCGUCCUCGACAGCAUACACCGAAGCCUCGCCAUCCAAGAAUGGGCCAAGUACCAGAAAUAUGCCGCGCGCCACAUCGACGAAGACACGCCUAACAGCGAGAGGCUGAACUGUGGGAUGCGUCUCGAGCGCGCUCUUGGCGCCUUUGAUAUGUUUAUGCUCCAUGACAACGAGGGCGACUUGGACGAGAUAUCUGACCUGUUGGACGAUAUCGCAGCGCGGUUUCGCAGCGCCAAUGAGCGCUACGAUUUGAUGACCACCCGACAGAGGGCCAUCGCUUUGGCCCGCUGGCUUCACUCGAACAACAUGACCGGUCUGAACGACCCGACCGAGCAGACUUAUCGUUAUCUGCGCAACUGCUUGAUCGGUAGGGCCCUCCGAGACGAGCACCACCCGUCCCUCCCCAUCAUUUCCGCUGCCAUCUACUCGGCCAUAGCGUCGCGGCUCGGCAUGGAGGCCUAUCCCUGUGCCCUACCCACACAUGUCCACGCCACGGUUCUGUCGCCGCCGGGCGUAUCCUUAGAUGGCUACCCUCUCCCCGAAGACCAGUCGCGCCACCAGGAGAACAUGUUCCUCGAUCCCUACGGGUCCGAUGACGAGGUCCCGCUGGAUUACAUCUACAGCUUCCUGUCUCGAUUGGGCGUCCACGCCAGUCACGAGAACCUGCUGAACCCCACCGCCGCCGAUCUCAUCGUCAUGCGCACGGCGCAGAACAUACGAGCGUCCUUCACCAGCUUCCGAACCAACGAGCGCCCCCUCUCUCAGCUGAUCCCCAUGAUCGAGCUCAACCGGGGGGACUGGGUGCGGAACCUGCAGCCGGCCUUGUACAGCAUGAUCUGGGCGAGCAUCAUGAUGGUCCCCGUGCUCCCCGAGAACGACGAGAUUCGCUGGGACUGGCAGCACGACGUUCGCGACUUGCUCACAUACUUCUAUGAGUACUUCCCCGAAGACUCUUGGCUUAUCGAGAAGUACGUGUGUCCGAUGUACGAUACGUUCGCCGCGCCAGCACGUCGCCAGAACACGUGGGAGCUUCCUUCGAAGAGGGUCCGAGAACAGAUCCGGGAGAUCAGGCGCGCAGACGCGUCGGUGAAGCCACCCCGGCGGCGUUGCGAUAUCCCCGAUGGCAUCAAAGUCAAGCACCGCGUCGGCCAGGUCUUUAGACAUCGGCGUUACGAGUAUCACGGGAUUAUCCUAGGGUGGACUGUCGACAACAGUGGUUGGGAAGAGCACCACUUGAUCCCGGCCCGGCAAAUGUGGGCGGGUUACAGCCAACCGUACUACCGCUGCAUGGUCGGCACCGACGGCUCGGAUCACCACAUAAUCGGCGAGGACAACAUCGAGGUCGUGGACCUCCGCGGAGGUCCCGAGGUGCUCCCUCCCGAGAUUAAGGACCUGAUGCCGAUGGCGGGCAAGUUCUUCAAACGCUGGGACAGCAAGCGCGGCGUUUUCGUGAGCAAUCUUAGGGAGAUGUUCCCCGACGACUGAUGGCAGGCAGUGGUUUUCGAGGAGUUCCGCGUCGAGGGCAGGUUUGGUUCAUCCUGUGCUUGGUCUGGGGAACGGCGUUCAUUCGACCUCGACGUGCAGCGUGGCGCUGGAUAACUGCAUUCGACAUUGAAUCGGAGCAUCAGAAAGAGAAGGAAGGAAGGAAAGGUUAGCGAUCCAAGCCAGGUUGCAGCAUACGAAUGAACGUCUGAACAGUAAUUAUAAUCAUAAUCAGAGCAAGGAAACAAUCUCAACUCCGUUUACACAACUUGACAUCUUCGAAGCAGAUCCGUCAUUGAACCGGACUCCGUCAUGUUGUAAGCGCGCACACACACAUAUAUAAGUACGUAUGCAGGGUUGCAAAAAAA